AUGCAUAAGAACCUGACUGUCACCAGAGCUUCACUUCUGACAGGACGAUUACCAGUUAGAAAUAGAUUCUAUACCACCAAUGCCCAUGCCAGGAAUGCCUACACACCCCAGGAGAUAGUAGGAGGGAUCUCAAAGGAUGAAAUUCUAUUACCACAGGUACUGAAGAAGAARGGUUACGUCAACAAGAUCAUCGGCAAGUGGCAUCUUGGUCACAGAGCUCAUCACCUACCUCUGGAGCAUGGUUUUGAUGAAUGGUUUGGUGCUCCAAACUGCCACUUCGGUCCCUACAACAGCAGCGACAGGCCUAAUGUCCCGGUCUAUAACAACUCUCAGAUGGUGGGAAGAUACUAUGAGGAGUUUGGGAUCGAUAAGAAAAUUGGAGAAUCUUACCUUACACAAAUCUACUUGGAGGAGGGCCUUGACUUCAUAUUUCACCAAAACAUGGCCCAGUGGCCAUUUCUUCUCUACCGGGCAGCAGACGCUACGCACGCUUCAAAACGGUUCCUGGGGAAGAGCCAGAGGGGGCGGAUAUUGCAGCUUGGUUGAUGGUUUUGCCUAGCCCUAGUGCCUACACAGACCUGUCUGUCUCUAUGGUGAGUUGGGAUUUGGCAUUUGAAGUUCCUGAGAUACUGUAGUUUGAAUGGCUUGUGCGUGUACUGCAGGUACAGUACAGUGAUGGAGCUGGACUACGGUGUUGGACAGAUCCUGUCCUGGCUGCGUGCUUAGGGCAUCGAAAAGGACACCUUUGUGUUCUUCACCUCAGACAACGGGGCCGCAGUGAUGUCCGGCCCCAAGCAAAGUGGCAGUAACGGCCCGUUUCUCUAUGGAAAAGAAACUACGUUUGAGGGGGGCAUGAGGGAACCUGCCGUCACCUGGUGGCCUGGACACAUCCCAGCAAGGCACGGUGAGCCAGCAGCUGGACUGUGGUGGAUUGUUCAGCA